GACCUUUAAACGUGCCACAUCAGACGCUGCCCACCAGCCGCAGCCUGACGUCAUGACGCAGUCUAACUUGAUGAUGCAACCACGUGGUUAGACGUGCAGAGGCUUUUAUUCUGACAGUGACUUACCGGAAGUGCCCUCCCAAGCAGAGAAACGGUACGCAGCCGCAUCUCUGCAGUCUCUGUGGAUUCUUCUCCUGGAUCCGGAUCUACACUGAGGACCAGAGUCCAGACCGGGCCGAGCCGGGAUCAGUACAGAAGCAGAGAACGACGUUUUCCUCACCUUCCUCAUCUUCAUCAUCACCGGUAGGAACCGUUUCUGCCCGCCCGACCGGGUGAGAUGUCGGGUUUCCUGCAGGAUGGUUGGACCCAGUGAGACCAGCUGGUGAUUCUGUGACGUCUGAUCCAACAUGUCUUCUUCAGCUCUGACGGUGUUUCUAGGUCUCCUGCUGCUUCCUGCUGUCAGAGGUCUGCAGUCUGACGAUGGAGACGAGAGACUGUGUGCCUUCACCAGCAGCCUGCAAGGGGCGGAGCCUGCUCCCACCAAUGAGCAGCGAGGAGUGGUGCAGGAAAACGGCACAAUUCGCUGUAACCGGGGCUCCCGCUGCUAUGGAUUAUGGGAGAAAAGAGCGGAUGGGGAGAUGCAGCUGUUAAAUCAAGGUUGCUGGACGUACGUUGGCAACCAGCGGGAGUGUCGAGGUGACCACUGCGUCCUGGUGUCUGCGACGCCGUCUCAGAUGCAGAAAGCUAACUACCGAUUCUGCUGCUGCAGCCACGACCUCUGCAACGCUAACUACACCGAGGCUCCGCCCACCGCCAGCGACCCCGCCCUCAAGCAGAUACAGAGAGACGACCGUGGCGGCAGUCAGACAGAUCACAAGCUGACACUGAAGGAGACGGCGCUGGUUGCCAUGGUCACCGUUGCCGUAGCAGCCAUCCUCAUCAUGGCUCUGUUCCUGGGAUACCGCAUGAGGAAAAGAAACCAGAAACACCGUCUGUCUGCGGUGGAUGUGAUGGAGGGAGGAAACACCGAGUCUGCAGUUGACCUGGACAACCUGAAGCUGCUGGAGCUGAUUGGUCGAGGCCGUUACGGCUCGGUGUAUCGUGGCUCUCUGAGCGAGCGCCGCGUAGCCGUUAAAGUUUUCAGCUCCGCCAACCGUCAGAACUUCACCAACGAGUGCUCCAUCUACGGGCUGCCGCUGCUCCAGCACCACGACAACAUCGCCCGGUUCCUGACCUCCAGCGAGAAGAUGGCAGCCGACGGACGCCCCGACUUCCUGAUCCUCAUGGACUUCUACCCUCAUGGCUGUCUCUCUCGGUAUCUGUCUCUGCACACGGUGGACUGGUCCACCUGCUGCAGGAUGACUCAUGGGGUGACCAGAGGACUCGCCUUCCUACACACUGAACUCUACAGAGGAGACCAGUACAAACCAGCGGUGGCCCACAGAGACCUGACCAGCAGGAAUGUCCUGGUUCGAGCCGAUCUGUCCUGUGUCCUCACUGAUUUUGGUCUGUCCAUGAGGCUGACGGGAACCAGGCCCUGUCGCCCAGGAGACGAUGAAACCAUGGCCAUAUCUGAGGUGGGAACGGUGCGCUACAUGUCUCCGGAGGUCCUGGGUGGAGCUCUGAACCUCAGAGACUGUGAAACUGCGCUGAAGCAGGUGGACGUUUACGCGUUGGGUCUGCUGUACUGGGAGAGUUUCAGGAGGUGCCCCGACCUCUUCCCAGGUGAAGCAGUUCCAGAAUACCAGCUGGCGUUCCAGGCAGAACUGGGGAACCAUCCGAGCAUUGAGGACAUGCAGACCCUGGUGGUCAGAGAGAAAUAUAGACCCAAGUUCCCUGAAGAGUGGAAGGAGAACAUCCUGGUGUUGCGAUCCCUCAAGGAAACGAUGGAGGACUGCUGGGAUCAAGAUGCUGAAGCUCGACUUACAGCUCAGUGUGCAGAGGAAAGACUGGCUGAGCUCACACUGCUGAGUAUCCACACAGCACUACGCAACCACAGGAAUCUGUCUCACAGCCGGUGGUCCUCUCAGGUAGGCUCCGCCUCCCCCUAUAUAGAGGAUCUUCAAGUGGGCGUGGUAAAAAAUCUCCAGGGAGAGCCAGUUCUCAAGACGGGCUCAGGUGGAGCAGAAGGUAGCGAAAGGAACAGGAACUCCAUCAACUAUGAGCGUCAGCAGGCUCGCUCGUCCUCUUCAGACUGCACCAUGGGGACCUCCUCCAUCCUGCCGCCAGCUGCUGUCUUCAGCACCAUCCCUGAAUGUCAACACACCGGUGGCGCCGUGCCCGGUGUUCCAGUCUACCUGACGGAGGAGGACCUGGAGGCCACCAAGCUGGACCCAAGAGAGGUGGAUAAGAACCUGAAGAGGAGCUCAGAUGAAAACCUGACGGAGCAUUCACAGAAGCAGUUCGGAUCAGAGCCACAAACCAGCAAGCGGCUGUUCCACCAGAGCUCCGAGGUAAUUCUGCUGCCGGACCUUCAGCGCCGGCUGGCUGAGCCCUGUAACACCUUCCUGUUUCUCCUCCAGGUGAACAUCAUGGCGUCAGCUGCUCAGGGUGAGCUGUGGGAGGAGGGAGGCAUAGACGCCCUUCCCUCCUCCAUCCACCCCCUCCCCAAACAACUGAACCUGCCCCAGAGGCCCACCAGUCUCCACCUGCUCCCUAAAAACAAGGAGACCAGCUCAGUGUGUUCCCGACUCAGACUCGGGAAGCUCAAGGUGAACCACCAGCAGGUGGAAACUGGCGUCGCCAAGAUGAACAUGGUGAUGGUUGCUACAGCUGCAGAGCCACACCCGGUUACCAUGGUUACCAACAACGUGAACAUUAGAAGCAGCGCUGCUAGUGGGAGAGAAGCCCCGCCCACCUCCAGCAGCUGCAGCGCCGGUGUUCCCACCCUGGUGACGAAUGUGAUGGUGGGAGGAGGAAGAACCAACCCUGCUGGACCUCAGGAGGAAGAGGAGGAGGGAGGAGGAGCAGACGGCCGCCUGAGUCUGCUCAACUUCAGUCCUGAUGAACAUGAACCUCUGCUGAGGAGAGAACAUCUGCCCGCAGAGAGCGACCCUCCUCCUCCUCCUCAUCUUCAUCAGCUCCAUCACCUUCGUCACCACAGUCGAGCUGGAAACGUCUCCAACAACAACAACAACCGGCUGGCAGUGGGAUCAGACCUGAAGGUCCAUGAGCCUGAAAGGAAGCAGAGCUCAGAGGCGGGCGGGAGAGACUGCAGUCCUGAACCAGAACCAGGCACUGGUCCAGUCUCAAAUCUGGAACACAAGAUCCUGGGUCCUGUUUCAGUGGGUGGAGCUUCAUCUGAUGAAGCCAUCAUAUUGCAGGCUCCUCCCUUCAUUGAAACCCAAGGUUCAAGUCUAUGUCAGGAAGAUGUUCCGGGUCCAGUACUCAUCCAGAAUCCAGAAGAUCCACUGGUCCACUCCACAGUCACCACUGAGUUCUCAGACUGCAGAGUAGAAGCUUCAGGAACCCAGACCUCACAGGACCAGAACCUGGAUGCUUCAGGUUCGGACACAUGGACCCUCCCUCAGAAACCAUCUCCAGAAUCUCCAGCAUCUCAUCCAGGAUUAUCUUUGGAGGUUCCAACUACACAAACUGAAGCUUUGGAGUCUUCUCCCACAGAAGGUUCACGUCUAGAACCUGCAGGACCUCCAGAACCUGCAGGACUACAGAGUGGACUUGUAGAACCAGGUCCGAUGAAGUCCCAGGAGAGACAGACAAAAACCAGGAGACCUGAGCGGCCCUGCUCCCUGGACCUGUCCUCAUCCUACAUCUCCUCAGAUUCUUCUUUCCUCACAGAUGGCGGCAGUCUGAGUGCGACCGGAGAGAAGAUCAAACGCCGCGUCAAGACUCCAUACAUGCUAAAAAAAUGGCGUCCGGCCUCCUGGGUGGUCUCCACGGACACGGCUUUGGACCUGGAUUUUGACUUCGACUCAAGCAGCAGUCAGAUCCACUCUGGUCUUCAGAGACCAGGAAGUUCUGGCAUCCCCAAAAUCAACCAAUCAAAGUCGAGCAUGGCUGUGUUUCUGGUUGGUGGGGGUGGAGCCACGGCGAUCACGACCUCUGAGCCCGACAGGAUGACCUGCUUCUGAAAAUGUCCUCACCUUGUUUUAACUUCGUCAUCUUCCUUCUGUUGGACCUGAGACGGGACGGUCCACCUCCAGAAUCAAACAUCCAUCAUGAGGAACCAGAGAAGCUCCUGUCUUCCUGUCCACUCGUCCACCUGUCUACCUGUCCACUCAUCCUCCUGUCUACCUGUCCACCUGUCUACCUGUCCACUCGUCCACCUGUCUACCUGUCCACCUAUCUUCCUGUCCACUCGUCCACCUGUCUACCUGUCCACUCACCCUCCUGUCUACCUGUCCACCUGUCUUCCUGUCCACUCGUCCUCCUGUCUACCUGUCCACCUGUCUUCCUGUCCACCUGUCCACUCGUCCUCCUGUCUUCCUGUCCACUCAUCCUCCUGUCUACCUGUCCACCUGUCUUCCUGUCCACUCAUCCACCUGUCUGCCUGUCCACUCAUCCUGCUGUCUACCUGUCCACCUGUCUUCCUGUCCACUCAUCCUCCUGUCUACCUGUCCACCUGUCUUCCUGUCUACUCAUCCACCUGUCUACCUGUCCACCUGUCUACCUGUUCACUCAUCCUCCUGUCUACCUGUCCACCUGUCUUCCUGUCCACUCAUCCUCCUGUCUACCUGUCCACCUGUCUACCUGUCCACUCGUCCUCCUGUCUACCUGUCCACCUGUCUUCCUGCCCACUCGUCCACCUGUCUACCUGUCCACUCGUCCUCCUGUCCACUCGUCCACCUGUCUGCCUGUCCACUCAUCCUCCUGUCUGCCUGUCCACUCGUCCACCUGUCUACCUGUCCACCUGUCUUCCUGUCCACUCAUCCUGCUGUCUACCUGUCCACCUGUCUUCCCGACCAGUCAUCCUCCUGUCCACUCGUCCACCUGUCUUCCUGUCCACCUGUCUUCCUGUCCACUCAUCCUCCUGUCUACCUGUCCACCUGUCUUCCCGACCAGUCAUCCUCCUGUCCACUCAUCCUCCUGUCAACCUGUCCACCUGUCUACCUGUCAACUCGUCCUCCUGUCUUCCUGUCCAUCUGUCUUCCUAUCCACUUGUCUUCCUGUCUUCCUGUCCAUCUAUCUUCCUGUCCACUUGUCCUCCUGUCUUCCUGUUCAUCUGUCUUCCUGUCCACUUGUCCUCCUGUCCUCUGGCCCACUCCUUCUCCUGUCCACUUAUCCACCUAUCUAUCCAUGCACCUGCUCCCUUUUCAACUUUCCUUCUAUCAAACUGUCCUCCUGUCCACCUGUCUUCCUGUCCACCUGCCCCCUGUCCGCUCAAGCUCCUGUCAAUGUCCUCACCCUAUGUCUCUGAAGAUCAAGAUGGUGGUUCAUGGUCUCAGAGUUCUUCUGGUCGGUGGUCUGUCCAGGUGUUAUGACCUGAUCCAGUUGAAGGAACCUCCAGAUGUUCUCUCAGCUUCCUGCUCCACGGACUCACCUUCAGGUGGAUUUGAAGGUUUUACCUGAAACACCUGAGACAAACCUGCAGGUUCUGCUGUAAACUAGAUCUGAGACUGAAUGAGACACUUCCAGGACCAGAACUUUUUAGUUCCCACUGUGACGGUUCUGGGUUUGGUGGGCGUGGCCUCACGUCACAACUGAGCUGCUGAUUUGUUUCUAGAGACUUAUGGUAGGAACUAGAACCAGGACUUGAUCCAGAACCUGACCUUAUAUCUGAAGCUCCAGCAAGGACCACCUCCCCACGUGGUUCUGAUAAACUGAGACUGGAUCUCCAGUCCAGGUCAGACCAGUUCCAGAUGUUCCUCAGUCUGUGUCUGAACCCAAAUCAAUUCUGGAGGACCUGAGCACAUUAAGGACCAUUUACAUCUCAAGUUCUGGUUCCAUCAGUUUUCAUGUGAAUCUGUCUGUAGAGUCCAGGGUUCUGAUGGGAUCUGGUGCCAGUGGAUUUAGGUUUUGAUGGGAUCAGGGCCCGGUGGGAUCUCAUUCAGAUGGUAACAGGUCCUGAUAGGAUCGGGUCUUGAUAGGAUUCUGAUGGGGUCAGGUUUGGGCUCAGAUUGCUCUGGUCCGAGGACUGGAUCUGAGGAUCAGAGAACUGGUGUGUUGGUUUGUGGAUCCAGUUCUGAUCCUAAUUGAGGUCGUUCAGAACUAGAGACAGAACUAAUCCAACACCUGGUCCAGGUUCUGAAAGUUCUGAACUUUCUUCUGUCUGGUUUCUGAUUCAAAAUCUUUCAGAACCCGAUGAUGCUGACGAGCUCAGAUUGGUUCUAGACCCGAUCCAAAGUCCAGUUUUGAGAUUCAGUUUUUUAAAGAUUUUUACAUGAAAAAAAUAAAAUCAAAAACUUUUUCAGUUUUUUUAUUUUUAUAACGAAUGAUGAAGAUUUGUUGUUUUAUGGUUCUGGUUCUACUCCCGCUCUGUCAGGUUUAGCUGGACUUUCUGGUCCGUCCUGACAGAACCACCAGUUCUGGUCGGACCGGAUCUCUUCAGGUUGAAUUUUCUACAGUUUUACUGUUUUUAGACGUCGAUUCCUUUUAACAUUGUGGAUCUGAACCGAUCUUUGGACCAUGUUUGGUUCUGAGACACGUUCUGGACCAGGACCAACGUGAAACCUGGGCUGGUCAGUUCUGGUUUUACUGGUUCUGAUAGUGGUCCUGGUGAUGGACAGUUGUGAGCAUGCUGGCUGGUUUUCCCGCGGUCCUGAUGUGACGGCGUCCGUCUGCAGGAACAGAUUUCUGAUGAUGAGGAUGUUUAAUGGCCUCGUCUUCGUCUCGUAGCUUCGGGCUGGAGAUGCUGGACGUUUAGAGAAAACCUCUCCAUGAAGGACUAAAACCGACCAGAACCAGGUUUAUGUCGACUUUUAUUAUUAAAUUAAAAACUAAGAAAAAAUCUGCUCUGUGUGAAAAGACUGGAGGUUUUCAGAAGGUUCUGGUCCAGUUCUGGUCCAGUUCUGGUCCAAUGCUGAAGUUUUAUUGAUGGAUUUACCUGUAAAGUGUCGAGUUUAGUUCGUUUGUGUCAUGUUGGGCGAAGCUCCAUGUUCCUACUCUAACGUUUCCAUGCUGCAUGAGACGCAGAUUUAAAGGGGACCUUUUAAACUAAGAACCGUUUUCCUUUUAACCCCCGGUUCUCGCAGCAAAUCAGCUCCUCGUUCUCAUCCCUGCUUGUGUAGUACGGCUGGUUUCCACCAGGGGGCGCAUAAGAGACCAGAUGCUGAAUUUACCACAGCAUUUUAUUUCUGAAGCACUUUAAAAACAACAGAACAGCUGAUUAAACGGCUGCACUAUGAAGAACAAAGAUUAAAAUGCAAAUAAAGAGAAAAUAGAAGAAUAAAACACCUUUAAGUUGCCACAUAGCAGCUGUAGGAAAUCUAAAGUAACACCGGUACAUCUGAGUUGUAUAAAGAAGAGAAGAAACCGGCAGAGGAGCUCGCUCCAGAUGUUUGGAGUUAAAUCUGGAUCAUUAAAUGUCUCCAGGAACCCUGAACCAGAACUCUGGGUCUGGUCUUCAACAUAGGGACGGGUCAUACGGACAUUUUUCCUCUCCAGAUGAUACCGUUAGUUUCAUUUUCCCAUCAAGAUCAAUGGAGGAAAAUCAUAUAUAAUACCACAUAAAACAUCUCAUGAACAUAAAUCCUAGAAAGAAAUUUUAAAAAUUCCACUGAGUGAAUUAAAAAAAAUAAUUAAAUGAUAAUAUAAAUAAUUACACCAGAAAUAAAUUCAACUUAAACUUUUUCAAAUUUAAAUAGUUUUGCUCAAUAAGCUGCAUAAAACCUGUAAAAUAUUACAUCAUUACACAUCUUCAUCCUAACCUCUGAUUGGCUGCCAUGAUCAUGUGACACAGAAGACAGGAAGAACUGCACCAGGUCUGGUUCAACAGGUGUGUCCCGGUUCAGGGUCUGCACGCUUCGAAGUGCGGCUUCGUCGGCCACAUACGUCAUCGCGGUGCGCGAAGUCCUGUCCCAGUUCACAGAGUCUGAAGGAGCCUCCGAAUCCACCUUCAAAUCGUCGUUUAGCCCCAAACCAAGUGGUGGUGCUUCCUUCACCGCCUCUUUUCUUCAUUAGGCACAAGACGGCGGCCAAUCAGCAACCUUAGAAGAGUUGUAUUAAGUUUAAAUAAAGUUUUAUUUUUAACUACACUUUAGUAUAAACGUUACAAAACCAAGUAAAUUUAAAGCCUGUUUGUUAAACGGUGACAUUAAAAUUCGGUAAUAUUUGAUAUUUAAGGACUUUUAAGGGUUAAUGAAGUUUGUACCGGCUGGAAAAAAAAGCCUCAAACGUGUUUUUUUUUUCUUAAUACGACCCUGAACUGGGACACACUGUCUUCAUAUUUAACCCUUUCAUCCAGGAUUUAUUAUAAUAAAUAGACACACAAUUUUUUACUUCUACAGACACGUAAUUUAUUAUUCACAUUUUAUUUAUCUUUAUUUUAUUUUUAUUUUAUCUUAGUAUUUAUACGAUAAUUUGUUCUAUUUAUAUAAAAAGAUGAUCUAUCAAAUCUAAUUAAUCUUUUUACUCCUUACUGGAUGUAUCGCUGCUGUCCCCUGUCCUCAUCCAUUCGUAGACUGUCUCUCUGUCCUCGUCUGUCUCCCUGUCCACGUCCAUGCAUAGACUAUCUUCCGUCCUUGUCCCUGCGUAGACCAGAAAACAGCUGUUAAACAGGUCUCGGCUGUGGUGGAAAUGAUGCAUGAAAGGGUUAAAAAGUAUUGAUCCCGGAGCAUAAGUAGACCUUCCACCUGGUCCACCUGGUCCACCUGGUCUACCUGGUCCACCUGGUCCAGACCCCGCCCCCACUGGUUACUGGAAUGUUGCAGCUGGUUGAUUUUUGACUUGGAGAACAAACGUAAAACACAGGAAGCAGCCUUGAUGAACACAUUUAUAUGUUUAAAAGGACUUAUAUUCUCAUUUAUCUUCAGAUGCUUGGGCUCCUGUCUCUUUUAGAACCCCCACCCCCUUUAGAAUCCUGCUGCACCGUGAUUGGCCAGCUCCUGGAAGCCUGCAGGGGGCUGGGCUAAAUGCUCCCUUUUAAUUCUGCCAUUCUUGUGUGAUAUGAAGGUGAUACAGAGAGAAAUGUAGAUAAAAUAAGAUAUUUAAUGAACAUUUGUCUUCUGGUUCUGAUGAUUCUGGAAUCUUUGAAGUCCCUGUAUGUCGGUGAAUAUGUCAUGUAUCUGUUUUAGCUUCCCGUGUAUUUAUGUAUGAUAGUUUUCCAGUAGUGUAAAUACUCUGUGUACUUUAUUACACACUGUAAACUUUCAUAUGAGACCAAGUCCCUCCCCAUGUGAUGUUAAUGUUGUAUUCUGUCAGCUCAGACGUCCAUCUGACUAUCAACAUGUUUCAUGUUCUUCUUUACUGCAUGCUAACAAUCCCACAGAUUAGACGUUAAUCAUCCUAUAUUUCCAUGUAGGGGAAACACUAACAUGUCAUAUGCUUCAUUUAAUAAAAUGCAUUAAACAUG